ACGUGUUAUUGGAUUUUGUGUAUAUGUUGGAUCGCAUUCAUCGAGUUUUAAAUUUUAGCAUAUGGAACUACAAUUGUAAAUAUCAGAUUAUGGAUCAAGCUGAUGACGGGCUUCUGUUAAAUUUAGUGUCCUUUGGAGGAGAGGGAGGAGGGAAUAAAAGACCCAAGGAGGACAAGUUGACUCGUCUGAAAAGACAGAGAGCGGAAAAGCGAAGAGCUUUAAUUUCUUCAAAAAUAGCAGCUUCCAAACAAGAAACACCCACAGGAGCCAAAAAGCCAAAAUUAGGCACCAAUGGCCCCACCAUAGAAGAGGACAAGCACUCUCCAUCACCAGCAGAAAAAGAAAGGAAGAUCCCUUCAGAGACAGAGAGCGCUCAUGAAAAAGGAAAAAACUUCAGAAGUGGUCCACAGCAGAUUGUAGCUUCCUUAUUCAGAAAUAACCCAGAAAUACCCAAAGUAUCAAGCCAUGCAGUUGAACAACUGAAAGAGAAGAUAUUUUCUUCUGAUAAAUUUUCGGAGCUUCAGUUACAUCCUUUUUUGGUGAGUUUGUGA